AUGGCAACAGAAACGGCUGCAAAGAAGCUGAAGACUCCAGGGCCGUUGAUCGGUACACACAAUGGGCAUUUCCAUGCUGAUGAAGCUCUGGCUGUCUACAUGCUCCGCCUCCUCCCUGAAUACAAUGCCUCACCGCUAGUGCGAACGCGAGACCCCGCGCGACUGGCCGAAUGUCACACCGUUGUCGAUGUAGGAGGGGAAUAUGAUCCCACGACAAACCGUUACGAUCACCACCAACGAACCUUUUCGACGACAUUCCCUUCCCACACAACUAAGCUGUCAUCAGCGGGUCUGGUCUAUAUGCAUUUUGGCCGUGCCAUAAUUGCACAACACACCUCUUUGCCUCUUGAUCACCCAGAUGUCGGCCUGCUGUAUGAGAAGCUCUACACUGAUUUUGUUGAGGCACUAGAUGCGCAUGACAACGGCAUUAGUGCAUACGAUCCUCAGGCUGUGAGCGCAUCUGGUCUGGAGAAGCGCUUCAAGGAUGGGGCUAUCAAUCUGGGAUCGUUGAUUGGGGACUUGAAUUACCCUGACCCAACAUUGAGCAGUGGAGAGCCGCAAGAUGAGGAUAGUCUAUUUGCGCGCGCUAGCACGUUUAUUGGUGACGUUUUUCUGCGAAAGCUACGACUUGCAGCUUCCUCUUGGCUCCCAGCGCGCGCCACUGUGGGUGACGCAUACCGCAAUCGCAAGGAAGUCCAUGCUAGUGGGAGAAUCAUAACUCUUUCAGGUGGCGGCGUGCCAUGGAAAGAACAUCUUUACAACUUUGAGCAAGAGACAAAAGACGCCAAUGAGGAGGUCUAUUAUGUGCUCUAUCCGGAAAAUUCCGCGCCAGAUGCGAAAUGGCGGGUGCAGUGUGUGCCCGAGUCCGAGGGUAGCUUCGUGUCGAGAAAGCCGCUACCAGAAGCCUGGAGGGGUGUGCGAGACCAAGACCUCGACGGUGUUCUUGCUGCGGAGUCUGAGAAAGCCGGCAAGGAGAAGAUCCCUUCGGGUGCGAUUUUCACACAUGCUAGUGGGUUUAUCGGCGGUCAUCAGACCAAGGAAGGUGCACUUGCUAUGGCUAUUCGGAGUUUGGAAAAUUGA